CAGAACGUUCUAAUUUCUAUAUUAACGUAAAUAAACAAGUUGGAGUAAAAAAGGAAGAUUUUUCUCGAUAUUAACACAACGCUAAUUAAAAUAAUUAGAUUUUAAUUAAAUUAAAAUGAUAAAAGUGUACGUUAAAGUUGGUCAGUUGGUAGUAGGUAAACAUGUUCUUUAAUUAUGGUUAACCCAAAACAGAUUAACUGUUGAUAUUACAGUUAGAAAAUACAAUGAGAUCCUUGCUUAACUGAUAUUAAACAACAUUAUUCCUUUAUCUAUGCAGAUAAGCAUGUAAAUAGGUUGGGAUUUGUAAAGAUUUCGGUGAAAAAAUGCGCACCUUGAAGGUUGACAAGUGAUCCUAUUAGAAUGGGGGAUGGUUUAAACGCGGAUGAGACAAAGAUCUCUAAAAUGGGAGCAAGCAGUAACCCAAAUUCAGCAAGAUUAUCUUAUUUACAAGAAAGAAAAAAAGUUCUAGAAGAAACCAUCGCUAAAAGAAAUCAAGAAUUAAGAGAAUUAUGCCUUAAAGAAGCCGAAUUAACAGGUGUCACACCUUCAGAGACACCCACAGAACCAACAAAUCAUGAAACAGUACCUAACUCAGCCACAAAAGUUGGUGCAAGAUACCAACUUCCUCCUAAUUUAAUAACAAACAUGAACAACGAUGAUGAAUCCCUUGAAAUCCAAAUACAGUUGCAUUUUAAUAUGGCUGAAGCAGCUUUGCGCCUUGCAAAUGACUCAAACUUAAACAAAACUAUACGAAAGCAACAUUAUGAACAUUAUAAACAACAAUAUAUGUUGUUGCAACAAAAACGCGAUCAAGCAAACCAAUUGCUUUUACAAACUCAAUUAAAACCUAAGAAAAAACCCAGAGGUCCAGAACAAGAAGAUGCAGUCUCUGUUAAUAUAAACAUGAAUGAUCAUAACUUUGGAAAUAGUACUUUAAGACAUAGUAUGAGAUCGCUACAACAUCCGCUAAAAACCGUCGAAACUAACGAACAUCGAUUUUUAAGCCAACCAAAAUUAACUUAUCGAAAAUCCGACGACAAUUUAUUUAUCGAAAAUACUCAUUUAAAACAAGAUGACGGUUUAUUAACGAGUUUUCAUAAACUAAAUUUACAUAAAUAUGAUCAUCAUGAAAGUUCGGAUUCGUCGUCGACACAUCAAUAUCCAAACUCAUCGCCUCAUAACUAUCCAUCACAACCUCAUCAAAGCCCCCAUUUUUACCCAAAAACCCCGAUGACGCUUCAAUCGUCACCUUCCGGGAGUUUUUAUCAAGAUUAUUAUUCGAAGGGAUUAAAUACUCCCCCUCAAAUACACAAAAAUUUAUCAAACACCGUUCCUAAGAAUCAAAAAUUGUAUUCAUAUCAAAAUCAAUAUUAUUCUACGUUGGGAAAUUAUGAUCAACAACAUCCAUAUAACAAUCCAUUACAAAUUCAACCACAUCAACAAUACGAACACGAUGUUAUGCCAUCCGGGUUAGGUGGUUAUUGGAAGAGGAAGGAGAAUGGAGAAUUGAUUUGGUGUCAUAAUAGUAGCUUUGAUAAUGUUUGGCAAAGAGAUAAGAGAUGUGGUAGUUUAGAUAGAAGAAAAAAUAAGAGGUUACAUAAGCGUAUUUCGCCGAAUGUUGAUCCAAAAUCAGCUACAUUAGCUUCAGUUCCAAUACAUUCAGAAGCAACGCGACCUGCAAUGAUUCCAAUUGCUCAACAAAAUACUUAUAGAAAUCGUCAAGAUAACUGUCAACUAGUUCGAACGCAAUCCUUGGGAAGCGUCGGCGUUCACACGUUAGACAGCGUGUACCCAAGCGAUGAUAACUCAUCUUGCGGUAGCGAAAUUUACAAUUACGAUAACAGCACGAUUGCCCGAAAACAAAAACAAAAGGAGUGGUACGAAACGUCCCUCGACGAUGUUCCCGUUGUUCCAUCAACGCCAAAACCAACACGAUCAUUAUCAACUAUACCGUCCAUAAUGCCAGAUGUAAAAUAUACAGAACUAACACCUCACGUUAAUUACAUUUCGACAACGCCGACAACGACGAAAAACAUUUUGGAAAUUCCCGCGGAAUCGAAUCCAUCGCCGAAAGUACCUGAAGCAAAUUUGGAAUUAUUUAAUAAUAAUAUACCGAAGAAUUGUACGGUUGUUUUGGCGGGACACGUUAAGCCGUAUCAUGAAGAAACGAAACCGUUCGAGAUGUCGGAUUUUUAUAAAUAUUCGACCAAGUUUAAAAAUGCUGCUGGUGAUAAAAAUUUAAAUUCGCCGAAUAUUGCUGUGUCGCCUUGUAGCUCAUCUCACGGUGGAUAUAUGGAUGAUGGGGUUAAAAAUGUUACUCAAAAAGGGAUUUAUCAACCAUUACAACCGAUGAAAUGUCAACCAUAUAAUCCUUUAAGUAAUUCAAACAUGAGCCACCAAAUGUCACCAGUUAGUAUGAACCAUAACAUUGGAUCGCCAGUUGAGCCAUAUUCCCACAUAAAUUCAAAUUGGUACCGAGGAGAAGAUCAACCAGAUAACGGAAGUGAGCGUUCCAGAUCUACAGCAACUCUUGUUUAAACUAAAAAAUUUAAUUUUUUUUUUGUUUUGAGCUUGUGUUUAUAUCUUUGGUUUUAUUUUAUGCCGCUGGGAGUUUUAUUUUGUUUUAUAAUAAAGAGAAACCCAACGCAGUACGAAAACCCCAAAAAUGUUCCUUGAUUUUUCUUUUUUUUUUUUUUAAUUUAAUGGUUUUAAUUUAAUUUAAAGAACAAAAUUGUUAAAC